AUGGAUAAAUUCGUCAACGAAAUACAAUAUCCAGCUUCAAUGAACGCCACUUACAUCAGAAGUAUUAUUAAACAACUAAGCGCUUUCGCCUCCCCGGACGCUAAAUUUAAUGUUGAAGAUUUAGAAAGAAUCGAGGAAUUGAUAGACUAUAAUAAUCUUGACAUCGAUGCUGUUUCUCUUCGCUUAACGCCGACAUGUGAAGAAAUUCUUUUGAAGUGUCAAUGGCUUGGAACUACUGUUAAUUGCUCAUCAGUAUUUACAAUAGAGAUCACUCGCGUCGGUUACUGCUGCACUUUUAACGGUCGUUCUUUGAAAAGGGAACUAAAAGACAAGAGGAUGCACGACGUGCAGACCAAUAAGGAAGCCUAUUAUGUGAAAGACGUUGGUUUCACUCAUUCCCUAAAAGUGGCCGUGCACCAGAGAGAUGACCUUUCGGACAUCGACCUCAUGUACAAAUGGUUAGCGCUUCGACCAGGACAGAACUACGUGGACAUAACAGUGAAUGGAACACCAAUAUCGCCAGGAUUAGAGACCUGGUUUAGCUACAGUACUCGAACGAUGCAAGCCUCGGAAGAAAUCUUGACCCUCCGCUCGGAUUUGCGUGGCUGCUCCCUAUCCGACCAACCACUUAAAUACUUCCCAACUUAUCAUAAGACAUACUGCCUGAUGGAGUGCGAGAUGGAACGCACCCUAAGGAACUGUCAUUGCCUAAAGUUAGCGCACCCCAGGCUACCAGGGAUACCUGUGUGCCGCGCUAGAAACUUGAUUUGCUCCAGAGAUGCUACAGUUUCCUACGCUAUUGACGAGUGCGACUGUCUUGCUACGUGCAGCGUCGAACAGGAGAUUUCUAAGAUAUCAAGUUUCGAGUUGAAUCAACACUCGCCCACUUAUGAUAGUUUUUACGAUGGAUUAGAUUUGGAGCGUGUCAGCGUCGUGCGCGUGUUCUUGCCGAACCACGUCGAAAGAGUUUACCAAAGGAAAUCCUAUUUCACUACUUUCAACUUAUUCUCUCAACUCGGAGGUGUUUUCAACUCAUUCUUCGGAUGCAGCAUAUUAAGUCUGCUGGAACUGACGCUAUUGGCUUGGCGAGCUAUUCGAUCAUACCGUUAA